UAUAAAGUCAAACAAAACCCUAGUCGUUGUCCCCCGCCGGCUUUGGAGUUCGCUCUUCGUCUUCAAACGCGCGAAGGGUUUGCCGGCAUCGCCGUGAGCCACCGCCCCGUACACCAUGGGUCGCAUGCACAGCCGCGGGAAAGGUAUCUCCUCAUCAGCAUUGCCCUACAAGAGGACUCCUCCGAGCUGGCUCAAGAUUUCCGCUCUGGAUGUGGAUGAAAACAUCUGCAAGUUUGCGAAGAAGGGCCUGACACCGUCGCAGAUCGGUGUGAUUCUCCGUGACUCACACGGGAUUGCUCAGGUGAAGAGUGUCACAGGGAGCAAGAUCCUCCGCAUUCUCAAGGGCCAUGGUUUGGCGCCUGAGAUCCCUGAGGAUCUCUAUCACCUGAUCAAGAAGGCAGUGGCGAUAAGGAAGCAUUUGGAGAGGAAUAGGAAGGACAAGGAUUCCAAGUUCAGGCUGAUCCUGGUCGAGAGCAGGAUCCAUCGCCUUGCUCGCUACUACAAGAGGACCAAGAAGCUCCCUCCCGUUUGGAAGUACGAGUCUACCACUGCAAGCACUCUUGUCGCAUGAGUGACUUUUCAUGUUUUGAUAGGAUUUUUGGCAGUGCGGCUAUUAAUCUUUUUCAUUGUCAUAUUGAAUUAGAGAACUAUAUGAUCUCUUUCAUGCUCUGAACCUUGAUUCUGCAUUUCGGCCAUUGUUAUUAAUUAGCGAACCUUAUGUGUUGAUGAAUUCCACAUUUUUUUCCCACUUCCAAAUAGUAAGAGGACCUUUAUGUUCUAUUUGAAGAUUGUAAUCUGGAAAACUCAUACAUGAAAUGCAUGGUGUCUAGUGUCUGAUUCAUGGUA